AUGAAAGAAGAGUUCGGAAAUCAGUCAGCUAUAGAAUGUGAUUAGAUUGAUCAGAAAACUAUCCUUGGCAAAAGAAUUCAAAAUGAAGAUGAAGGCGAAGAUGGUAAAUCAGAAAUUGAGGGAGACACAGGAAGUAAUGAGGGAAUGGAGCAAAGCUCCAAAUAUCAAUACAUUAUGCAAGUCAAUGCCUAUGGAAUUCUCAGAACCUACAAUAAGGACUUCUUGAUAAACAGUAAGGAAAUGUUUUUGGGCAGACUCACUAAAGAGUUCAAUCAGGACACUACCAUAAAUUACAUUAGAUUCAGUAAAUGUUCCAAGAUCUCUAGGAAAGCAGCUAGAUUGUAUUUUGAUGAAUCAACUGAAGAGUUUAAGUUAUAAAAUCUAAGUAAAAAUGCUAUGAUGGUAGAUAGAGCACCGCUAAUGCCUAAAUAAGAGAAAAUAUUACAUCACAAAUCUCUUAUACUUAUAGGUGAUACUCUGUUCUUCUUUCUAUUGCCUUAAGAGAGUCUAGAGAAAAAGAAGAAGUGGCUUAAGGAGCGCAGAAAGAUCAUACUAGAAGAGGCUAAUAUUUUGAAUCCACCAAAGAACAGUUUUGAUAUUUAAUCAGCAAAGAGAAGUAAAUUCGGUAUGCCUCCAGAUGAUUUCAAUCCUGAUUAACUACCAAGCGUUAUGCAAUCGUAGAAAAAGCUGAAGCAUGGUAUUGGCAAGAGGAUGAACCUAAAAGAGAUCGAGACAAUGGGAUAACUUGGAUUAAGUCAAUUACCUCCAGGAACUAAAGCUCCACAAGCACAGCCAUAAACAAUCAAAAAAUUGAUAUGA